AUGAGAGAGAUUCCCGAGUUUUGGGUAAGAAGAGAGGGGGGCAAGGAUAACGGGAUAAGGGGGAGGGGUGGGGAGGGAGCACCUCCAGCCGUCAAUGGGCGUCGAAGUGCUUCGUCCUGUGGCAGUACUAGGGGGCAAUUCCGACGCUUGCUCACUGGCGUCGAAAGAGGAAUAGAUGAUCGUCAAGUCAAAACUGAGGGUACUCGAGGAGCUGCUGGACUGGGGAGCGCAGGACAGCCCGGCUCCCCACCAUCCUGGCAGGCAAUCCUUGACGAUAUCUGGUACGUGACAGUGGAAGAAUGGGUGGUGAUGGUGGAGGAAGACAGAUGGAGGGCGACGUGGAAGAUGAAGAAGCGGCCGUUGGGAGAAGAGGGAGAGAAGGAGAAGAAGAAAAAGCCGGACGGGGCUGAGAAGAAAGCUUCAAGGUUGGGCGAUGGGCUGGUAUCGUACGGUAUGGUAUAG